AUGUUCCUAACGACCGCUCCGAACAGCGAAGAGGAGGUGGAGGCCGAUUUCAUGGUAGCCUUCCGUGAUGCAUUUGAUGUCUUGGUGGAUUCCACAAACUCCUUCGACCAACUCUCACGAAGCUGCGGCGAGGCCAGGUUCUCUUGGCUACCAUUCCCUGCUGGGCAGACCGACUGGUUUACCGAAUCAGCAAUGGCCCACCCCGAUGACCCCAUGUUAGAGAACUCCCUACGAUAUCUCAGUAUCACGGUCAACGAGCUCAUCGGCGUUGUACCGGCGCAUCACAUAAUUCUGGUCGGUCAGGGGACUGGAGCCGCCAUGGCGGCCUACUUCACGAGUGUUUACCCACUGAGUCUGGGAGGUGUGAUGACCAUCGGCGGUUGGGAUACUUUGGCUAAUGUGACGCCUAAAAUCGCCGAUGUUGGUAUGUCGAGAAGAACGCAGAUCAGGACUUAUGGGGAACGAUCGGACGAUGUUGGAUCUAUUCGAUCAAUCAAGACCAAUAAUCUCCCACGCGUUGGGCACGAUCUACUCACCGAUUUGUUGCUGCUUCUAACUCGACCACUGUGCGCUGUUAUUUGGCUCACUCCGACCACGCAUGUCCAUAAGGACAAUCCUGCCGUUACAUCCGUGUGGAAGAUUUCGCACGUUAUAGAAGAUCUGAUGGGCUCUUCGGUCCGAGCAGAGAAUUACACCGCGUUCGACGAGUCGCUCGAACAUGAGUGUGGUGGAGGUGUCGCCUACAGAACCGUGCAAAUUCCGAUUCCGGAGCUAUCCAAGAUUCGGGAUGGCAACCCUUCUAGCAGUGUUGACGAUGUCUUGAGAGAAUUCUCCGAGCUCAUUAAUGUCCAUCGUGUACGACAGAAUCGUAUCAUCAUUGGCGGCAGUCACGGCGCAGAAGAGGCUGUAUUGCAACUCAUGUGA